AGACGCUUGCUGUUAAGAAACCAGUCCGAAGUUGUAGUUUACCAAUUCUACACUCUGGAAGUGGAAGAUUUCGUCAUGGAUUUCUGCAACUCAUGAUUCAUACUAUUGAUCCACUGGGAGAAGCCAAAGUUCAAGACAAAGCAGUGAAAAUGCAUGCAGUUGCUACUCUGAACGUUGUACUAGAUGGCGAAUCGACUGCGGAAGGAAACACCGAGAAAGACGCUAUACAAAAAGAUGGUAAAGACCCGUCCAUUCAUGCUAUCUCUAAUGGGAAAAUAGCCAGCGAAGAUCAGGCUUCGGCAAAGGAGCAACCAUCUCUGGGUACUGAGGUGGGUAGUCAGGAGACGCAGCUGACGAACAUGGGUUCGGCAGAAAUAGGGUCGAAUACUGACUUACCACUUCAGACCACCUCUCCUUGUACUCCACCUGAAGUUGAAGAAAUAAAAUUACCAUCUCCACAAUCUACUGUGCCACAAAAACAAAAAGAACUUCCCUUGCAUGAAACUGGUACAGAAAUGGCAGCACUACCUGUUGGAUUAGCGGAGGAGGAGGAGCCAUUAGAUAUUAGCUGGCCAAAAGAAAACAAGAAACGGAUAUCAUAUAUAUUCAUGGCACCAAUAAUGUUUACAUUAUGGUGUACAUUGCCGGAUGUGCGAAGAGCUACAAAGAAAAAAUAUUUCCCCGUCACAUUUAUUGGCAGCAUCAUCUGGAUUGCUGCAUUUUCUUAUUUAAUGGUGUGGUGGGCCGAUAGUUCUGGCAGUGCCACACACAUUGAAGACACGGUUAUGGGUUUAACAAUUCUAGCAGCUGGAACCAGUAUUCCAGAUCUCAUCACAAGUGUAAUUGUAGCCAAAAAGGGAUUCGGAGACAUGGCAGUUUCCAGUUCAGUUGGAAGCAAUAUUUUUGACAUUACUGUAGGUUUACCGUUUCCAUGGCUCAUGAAAAGUAUCAUCAGUCUUGAGCCAAUCACUGUCAGCAGCGCAGGCAUGUUCUGUUCAAUAGUUAUGCUUUUUACCAUGCUGAUGCUGGUCAUUAUUUCGAUUGUUGCAAGCAGAUGGCGUUUGAAUAAGUUUCUUGGAGUCGCAAUGAUUAUGAUGUAUGCACUUUUUGUAACACUCAGUGUGCUGCUUGCCAAAGAUUACAUUAAAUGUAAAUUUUUGGUAUAAAAAAAAAAUUGUUUAUACAUGUUGUGGUUAUGUGCAUUCAUACAUACAUAUGUGUCACACAGAUAUUGCAAGUGAAAGCAUGUGUGCAUCCAUAUGCGUAUAUACAUAUUUGUGGAUGUAUGUGUACAUAUACAUAUAUAUAUAUAUAUAUAUAUAUAU